CCGAACCUGCACGCAAACACGAACGUUCACGGUCGACAGCGCAACGCUCAACUCUCGAAGAACUCCCUUUGGAACGCUCGUCGCAAGCCCUGACUGGAGUACAUUCAAUAUAUUCUCUCGGCGUCGUCGGUGUGCUCCUACGACCCGUUGCUCGGCGUGCUUGUUGCCCUGGCCUCACGGACCCGUUGCCACCGCUCUGCUUUGCAUGCUCCCGGAGCUAAGCAACUCUCAUGACGUUUACUGCUCAGUAUAUCUCACUUUGCCUCGAUACAAUUCAAUAUGUUAUAUGUCGCCUGUGUUAUCUAUCCUUCCCUCGCCCACAUGGCUCGCAAUGCUGCCCUUCGAAUUCUGAUUAUGAUGGGAAGAUGAGCGUGAUAAGUAUCUCGUUCCGCUGAACCUGAUGCCCUGGAAUGCCGUUUAUAGCCUGUGCUCUUUGGCUGUCGAUCCGAUCAUUGUUGCUCUUCCCGACGACGAAGGGCGACGACAACCACUGCCCAAGCCAAAUUCCUGUUUCUUUACCAAGCCUCGGCGGCGGAUCCGGAGGCAAUCCCGUACUCUGCAUUGCUGAAACCUUCAGCCAAUCCGGAGGCUAUCUUCCUAAAUCGCGCGUCCGACGAUACAAAACUAGCGCAAGUGAGUGCGUUAGCCACGCGACCGAGCUGCCCCGUCGCAUUCUUCUUUUCAUCUUUGCUUAAUUACUUCACGCGCAUCUUUUGUCUCUCUCUUCCCUCUAGUUUCUUCGUGCUCCUACUACCUACCUCCGCCCGUCCGCGUCCGUGCAGUUCUUUCCAAUCUUGACCUAUUAUUCAAUUUGCUGGAUCUCCUAUUCCGUCGUCAGUCCCGGUCUAGCUCCCUUGAUCCUAGCUAUACGUCGCAUCUCAUUAAUUUUCUCCGCCGACAGUUUCCUUUUAAAAAGAAUGGAGAGCUCUGACUGAGCUCGACCAUCCAGCAUUUCUGACUUGACAUAAUAGCUUACAAGAGAGGCCGCGCGAGGUUUACUAUAAUUUCACCGUGUUGCGCGAUUCAACUCAACAGAGCCCACAGACAUCUACUGCACCCACUCGUUCCUUCGCGCGUUCGUCUAGACCUUCUCCAGUUCGACUCAAUACCCCUCUCUUGUUUCCCUUCUCCCCUCCUUAAACAGCUUCGCGUCGUCUCCUAUUCUUCUCCUCCGCACUCUCUCUUUAUCGCAUCCCCUGCUCUUUCGACAUUCGAUUCCUCGUUCGUACAUCCGUACGUACGUCUGUCAACUCACACCACCCCUUGAAGCAACACCAGGAUUCACAGAGACAAAGUUAUGGUCUUUCGGCUUCCCACUCCUUUCGACGCGAUUGUCCCAUCACCUCCAUCAUCUACUCGGCGCGUUCGACACACGCGUCCUUGGCGCGGUGUAUUCAUCCUACAUGGUAUCAAUCUUUUCCAAUCCCCUGAUGGACAGCAGCGGCUCCUCGUCGCAUCUGCCGAGACAGAGGGUGACAAGAGUAGCCGUACGGACCUAUGGCCAAAGCAAUUCGAAGUGCACAUUGCACAACCCGCAUGUCGUAUCGCGGACGUCCAGGCUUGGGUCACGCGCAAUGACAUUCCACUGUGUAUGUUUAUGCCGGACAGACAUGCGUCCGAUGGAACCAGCGCAGGCAUGAGUGUUACAACAAACGAGGCACAUUUCCGUGCACUCUCACGUGUCCUGGUCGAGAACCAGCUGCUCUGUAUAGCGCCCUGGCCUGCUCCAGGCUUCCCAGAGACGCGCACGGGUGCAGGCAUUCUUAUCUUUCCCAGUGCAGCUUCAAUGGGUUUGCUUAUUGGUGCUGUGUUUCUCAACACGCCCUUCCCGGACUUCAUGGGUCUCUUCUCCGGCGGUGCCGGUGGGGGUCCAAGUGCAAAUGCAGUUCCCUCCGGCCUCCCAUUCGCAGCUCCCACAAGCCUCGAUUACACCUUCGCUGCGUCCCCGUAUGGUGCUCCAAUCACCGACCCUAACACUGGUGCAGGUCCUAAUGCACCAGGAUCAGGACCAGGAGCUGGGCCAGGACCACAGCAACAAGGUCAAGUUCACUAUCGCGGCGGUUCACCCACAUACUACACAGCGCAGCCUUCUUUCGCUAUGGCACCAGGAGGAGCCAACGCCUACUAUAGCACCAAGCCGCAGAUGGACGGCUUCGCAAACGCAAAUGACGGCUCGCUGCGCGCCGCUCUUGCUGCGGCGCCCUUCGACUGGUCCAUGUUUGACGACACAACCGAUGGCUCUGGUAGCACCUCCCCCGGCUCUACGCGUACCUGGUAGCCUGGUAGCCAAUUAGUCUCUUAGAACUGUUCACACACUCCUUUUCUCUGUUUCCUUGUCUUAUCUCCAUCUCUACUUCCCCACUUCUCUCCUUCCCUUUAUCCUUCUUUCCCUUCUCGACUCGCCUACAGGACAACGAUCAAACUUCGUUCUUUGUUUCCAUCUGCUUCCCCUUUGAAUUAUCUUCUCAUGUUCCUAAACUAAGCUGUAUCCAGUAGCUGGACCCCGGACGAGCAGUCUGCCUUAAACUUUGUCAAGUUCCUUUAUCCAACCUGUAGCCAUUCCUUUGGUCCCAUAAUCAUUUACUCUCCUUACCUUUUUCUUUUUCUUUUUCAUUUUUUGUCUGUUUUCUCCCCUAAUUUCGCUUCUGCUUCCUGUCGCGCUUUUGCAAACGUAUUGUUACGUUUUCAAAAUCCGAAAUCU